AUGUCCAACGAAUUAAAUGUUCCAGACGAAGUUAAAGAACAAAUCAACAUGAAACUUGUUGAAAAUGGCACAAUGGAGUCAAUCGAACAGGAAAUUAAGGCUGCAAUGAAAACGGCUGCACGUGAAAUUAGAAAUAACAAAACAGAAUCAGAACUCGAAUACGCACCACUCAAAAACAUGAGCGAGGGUGAAACCGAUGCUUUCAAAGCUGUUGUCAAGUUUUUGGAAGAGAAAGGACUUAAAUUCUCUCUUGCCACACUUCUUGAAGAAGCAGGCUUACAAAAACCAGACACAGGAUCUAUUCUUGAUGUUUGCGAAUAUCUUACUGCUGUUAAAAAGAAUACUUCAUCAAAUAAUUCUGAUAAAGAAGGAGACGACAGUGAUUCUGAUAUUGUUGUUGUCCCUGCAAAGCAGGAAUAA